AAAUGUCUCAUAAAUGCACCGCGGUCAUACAAUAUUUAUUCUUAACAGCGUUCUGUAGUGAGUUUCUUGCCAAAGAGAAAGAAAUUCUUUACGUUUGAUAUAAUUUUUUUUCCGCACAUUUAUCACGAGAAGAUCUCUUUCUGGGACGUUUGUAAACAUCGUAAGUGUGUUACGAGUAUGUAAAUUUCACGUAAAUGCGAGUGUUCAUGCUAACUUGCGAAAACCUGACAGUUUGUUUGACGACGCGACGGGCAGAUUCUUCGACGGGUAUUUAAAGUUUAAAUUACUUUGUCGCGCAAGAGUCCCACAGCGAAUGACACAGAAACAACGGUCGAAAUCCUGGGCAGAAUACACUAUAGCUGAAGGGUCCCCACAUCGCGCGAAUGGGACACCGGGCCCAUAUUACAUGAAACCCCGUGACAACCCCCCGAACAACCGCGCAUACACAGCUAUGCGAGGGAACGCACGGAGAAACGCCCUUUGUGCAUCUGCUGUUAAGGGAACCCGCAAGAGGCAGUUUAUCGAAGGCAACGGUCGUGAGCACAUCGCGCGACCAACGAAAGUGGAUUUUUGACGGAUGAAUACCGUAGUCUGUUACUAAACAAGAUACCAUAGUCCGUUACGAAAUAGUUCAUUUUUAAUUUCAUUUCCAGAUAAUUAAAUUCUGUUGCAAUUAUUCACUUCACUUCAAGAAUUGCAUUUUGUGCGAGUGGAUUAUUUGAUGUUCUUUAAAGCAGUUGAGUGAUCGAUAGAAGGCGAGGAAUAACUUGGUUUAUCGGGGUUUCUUCCAGAAAGAUGUGCAAGAAACUUUGCAGACUGACGCACGAGAUCGCCUCAACGCCGAUGCAAAUAGUGAACUUCGCACUGGAGACCUGGCGAUCUCCAGUUUAUGUCAGCAGUGUGUUAGUGAUCCUCGUCAAUCGGUCCUAAAUCUCCUGAUGAUUACAAAACCUGUCCUGGAUUCUGUUAAUGUGUCAGUGUCUGGAAAAUUUGACGAUCUUCGUGUAUGUGUUGGUGCUUGGAUCAACAAUAUCACUAAGCUUCGUUAAUGAUAAUGAUAAUGAGAUUGAUCUACUCUGAACAAACCGGAGAAAAACUGUGAACAACAUUGAGAUCUGAUAUAUUUCCAAGGAUUCUGCGGAAUUUGUGCUUGUGAAAUAUUAAAUAUCGGCGAAAUCAAGUCCUUCUUUGAAAUGUAUAUGAAGCUCAUUCAUUUAGCUAAUAACGUUUCAAACUUGAUCGUUUAACUCUCAAUGUACUCGCGCGAGUCAAUGCCAGAUUCAUCGUGCUCUAAUUGGGUCCAGACAUCCUAGUUCAACCUAAUUCUUUCUCCGCUCAAUCAUUCGCGAGCCCGUCACCGUUCAUCGCAAAGAUCGCGCCGCAAAGAUCAAAUUGUGCACGUCGAACUGACUUAUUUGAUGAAAUACAUGAAAUAAAGCGUACGCUCGUGCCAUGGCUCAGGCAGCUGAAGCUACGCCAGUGCACUGCUACACGAACCCGUCGUUCUGCCGUCAGUCGGAAUACAUACCGGACGAUCACGUUAAUGAUCUACCGCCGCCACCGCAGCAGUUUCAAGGAAGCGACGAUUUACCGCCGCCUCCGCCGCCCUUACAAUUGCAAUGUCACGCCGCGGGUCAGAGCAAUCCGGCCUUCCAGUCGCCUCCAGAGACGACUCUGGAAGCCUGCGAGCCGCGGGACCGGUAUUGCUAUCUGGAGGAUAACCAGGCCCCCACGCACAGGAGAUACGCCAGUCUUCCGGUGGAGGAACCUCGCGUGACUUACAACCAGUCCUCGCGGUACGAGUACAUAGAGCAGGACGAGGCGGAGAGGAGCCAGUUGCCGCGCAGGGGCUCCUCGAGGUACGAGUUCAUUCCGCAUCAGCAGGUGCAACUACGUUCCACGCCGGCGGCCAACCAAGACGCUCGAAGAGGAGGAAGAGGAGGCGCAGGAGGAUCGCAGACGCCAACGUAUCGCGGCAAUGCCGGCAGGUAUGCGCUUAUACCGAGCGAAUUGGAUUACCAGGACGAUGGGUCGCAAUGGAGCAACGCGAAAUCGGCACCACGACACAUCAACACUCCGCAGGGUCGUUACGCUAGAGUGCCUUUACAAGAAGACGUCCCGCCGGCGCUGCCCGACAGAAACGGGCAAGAAUUUUCAAUAUCACCGAAGAAUAACUUAGCCACGCAGAAGCUGCACGAGAUACUGUCAACGCCCAGGAAACCGAGAUCCAGGUCUGAAGAGAGGACACUGUCGCCGAAGAGACAACAUUCCUUCAAUCAAACCAGCACGCCGCAGAGAAGAGCGCUCACACCCGGUGGAUCCCCGAACGGUCGUACCUUCAGCCCAACGCGCCCAACUCCUCAGGGUACACCUCAAAGCCGGACCUUCUCGCCUACGGGACCCCAGACGUCGACGCCUAACAAGGAAUCAUCCGCACGUAGGUGUCUUCCUCUGCUGGAGAACUCAUCUCGGCAGCAAGAUGUUUGUCCUGCCAAUAACUGUGGUCGACUUCGCUACGUGGGCACUGCUCCGGUCGACCUGAUGAAUUUGAGCCACAAUGAGCCACCGCCUCGUUAUGCAUACACAGAGAGCGGCCUAGAAUCCAUGCCGAUGAUGUCCGGAUCGCCUAGGUAUCAGGUGGUGCCUGCCGAUCAGAAGAACUAUCAAAGUGUAGAGAGCGCGUUUAUGGCCCGGACUGCCGUCGUGCCACCCUUGUCCCCGCCCAACAGUGAAGUGAACACGACCUUGGCGAGCGUCGUAGAAAAAGGCGACCGAAAGAGCGCUCCGAUUCUUUUGAUGCUAGUCGGUCUUCUAACCUGUGGUCUCGCCUUGUACCUGUCCUGGUCGCAAGGACGAAGAUACUAUUUUGAUAGCGCAGUUGGCUGCGGUGCCUGUUGUGCUUUAGCAGGUGCAUGCAGGAGUUUGCGAAGAACCUGGACAGGACUUGGCCUGGCUGGACUGUCAGCAUUAAGCUGUGCUGGUCUCCUGCUGCUGGCUGCCAAGUCCCCGAAGGACGGCACACCUCUUCAUGACAUCACGGCAGGUGCUUUGUGCGGCGUUUCGGUUUUAGGCGCUAGUCUGGCUCUAUUAGCCCUUUUAAAACCGAGAUGCACUUUCGGUCGUCAUAGACGAGUCCACUCUUGGAUACCUCACUUUUCUCCUUAACUGUUAUUGCAAUUCUCGAUAAUCGUUAAAAACGGCGAUAGUCAUGUUACGUCGAAAUUGUUCUAAACAAAAAUAUAUAUAAAAAUGCGAUUUUAAAUACUUAGCAAGUAUUUACCAAAUAUCCGAAAGAUAUUUAAAGAAUAGUAUCUGAAUACGAAGCUAAAAUGAAAUGCAUAUAUUGCAAUAGAUUGGUCGAUUUCGAAGAUGCUUAUCAAAAUUAAAUUAUUCUUUCUAUUUUGGUAUGUUAAAUGUGCUAACUUUCUACUGGAUCCAGUAUAAGCAACGAGAUCUCAAUAUAUUCGAAAUGUGUAAAAAGUAAAUUACUUAUUAAUUUAAUUAUUUAUAUAAUCACUGUCGGUUAUGCUCUCUUUAAAUCAUAAUUUGUAUUUUGACCUAAUUAAUAAAUUAUUGAAAAUAGAUUUUUAGUAUACAUAUUCUUUAGGACUAACUACCUAAUUAUAUAUAGCGGAUACGUACAAUGAUUUCGAUAAUGCAAAUAUUUUCAUGUUUGAUAAGAAUCAUUUAAGAAUUUAAUUAUAUAUAGCGUAAGUUAAAUGUACUUAUUAAAAUCAUUAAGAAGCGAGAUAGUUAACCUAUGUAAAUAAUGCCUUGAAAUUGUACAAACUGUUUGAACUGAGAAUAUAGAAUAUAUAUAUUUUCUAUAAAGUAAAAA